GUUCGAAAGGAAAAAGACCAGAAUAAUCCUAAUUUUUAAUCGUCUAAUCAAUUUGGGCAUUUAUGCACUUAAGAAGGCAAUAUCAUCAUGUCAUGUCAAUCGGUUUCCUCUUUUAAAAUUUCAACAUAUUAUGAUGAAGUUUACAAGCAGCCUUUCUAGCCAUACAUUCAUUCAACUAAACACUUAAAAACUGUCAUCACCCUGAUCGAUUAUACUGAGUACCGCUCAUAGGAAGCAAGUAGCGGAGUGGUCAUAUUAGCUGUGGGAGGGGGCGGAGUAGAAUGCAUCCAGUAAAUAUGUACGUGUGCUUUUAAACUGUUGAUGGACCAAUCCAAUCACUGCAGUUUAUUCAGUAAAUAUUAAUCUGUAUGGCAUUUUACUCUUUAGUCUGGUUUUGUUCAACCUGGCGACUGGUGGCGUGUUGGUUUUAGAAGUAAAGAAGAACUUACAAAAGUACAGGAUUCAAAGUUUAUUUUUAAGACAAAUUUUCCUUGAAAGGAAGUGACUCGAUUUUUUUAUCGUCCUGCAUACUAUACACCUCUCCUUGAAAAAUACACUAUAUGGAUUCGGAGGGUUUCUGGUCAUCACACAGUCAUUCUUAUAACGACCAGUUGAAAAAACUCUGUGCGUCAGGGAUUGACUUGGCGUUGACUUCCAGUGCCAAUAUCAACGACAAAAAUGAUGCUACAUCAUGUCGAUUCAACUUUACAUCAAACCAUUCACAGAUUUUUCACGGAGACAAAGUUCUUCAUCUGGGAACAGCACUCACUACGAAAGGUUCAACCUUGACAAUCGGAAGACCAUGUCUGGCCGGUACACAGACGCAACAGCAAGAGCAUACACCACCGACUACAAGCUCAUCGUCACCAAGUGCUGUUCACAGUGAACGAAAUUCUCAGCUAUCUAAGUUACGCCAACUACAACAGAUGUAUCAAAGACUGACUGUUUUAUCUGCAAUAAAGGGUAAUAAAGUAGGCGGAAAGAAUGACAAAAAUGAUACUACAUCAUAUCGAUUUAACUUUACAUCAAACCUUUCACAGAUGUAUCAUAAAGAGAACGUUCUUCAACUGGGAACAGCAUUCACUAAAAGUGCUGAGAGUGAUUUAUUCCUAUCUGAUAUUGAAAAAGCUGCAAUUGUCUACAGAAAUGCAGCAGAUAAAGCCUCUCAGACAAGUGUUGCCGUCUACUACUGGUCAGAAAAGUUACCAGUUUGUGCCUCAAAAACUAUGGUUUUUUCACGUAAAGUCUUUCUUGGUGGUAUACCUUGGGAUAGCACAUAUGAAGAGCUAGUCAGAGUCUUCUCUCGAUUCGGCAACGUAACUGUAAGCUGGCCACGGAGGCAUGCAAUGCAAUCCACCAACACAAAAACCGAACCUUCGAUAUCCCAAGGCUAUUGCUACUUGAUAUUCGAUCGUGAGGUCUCAGUGUCUCAACUGCUUGCAAAAUGUGUUCACAAUUCAAUUAUGGGUGGGGACUUUUACAAACUUUCAAGUUCGAAAUUCGCAUCGAAAGAAGUACAGGUGAUACCAUGGGUUAUCAGUGACAGUUAUUACGCUAAGUCAACUCCAGCUGCCGUGAACAUGGAACUAGUGGUGUUCGUUGGAGCUCUUCAUGCCUUGAUCACUGCAGAAAUACUUGCAGAAAUCAUGAAUGACUUGUUCGGAAAUGUUGUCUUCGCUUCCCUGGACACAGACAAGUACAAAUACCCCAUUGGUUCUGGAAGAGUGAUGUUUUCCAGUCUAAAAAGUUAUGUGAAAGCAAUUGCAGCCAAUUUCGUACACAUUCAUAACUCGAAAUUUGUCAAGACCAUACAAAUCGACCCAUAUCUACAACAGUCUAUAUGUAACUAUUGUCUUAAAAAUCCUGGAAUUUAUUUUUGCAGAGCAUUCGAGUGUUUCAGUUAUUUUUGUCCAAACUGUUGGCGAUUAUUUCAUAACAGAACACAAAUGCUCAAAUCACAUAAGCCGAUAAGGCGUACAUACAAAUCUGACAAUGAUCGCAAUUUGUCGACUACUGCGAUAACAAAUAGACAAUGAGGGCAUCAGACACUACCUGGCAUUGUUGUUGUUCUUCUUCUUCUUUUUAUAGGUCAUGAUGAUGAUGAUGAUCCUGAAGCACUUCGUCAUCUCCUCGUUUUCAAAACACUAAUUAGUAUUUCUUCUUUUUGUUUAACCUUGCAUUUAAAUCUCUUCGGGUAAUAUUUCCCCUUUUCUGAUACACUUUCUAAUAACUAUGCUUCUAGUCAACUACAAAUUUAAUCUUUUUAAGUUCGUUUUAAUAAGACACCUGGGAAGGAGUCAAGUAAAACAUCAGCUUUUAAUUGUUGUUAAUGAUACUGAUAAUAAUGUGCAGUCUUAAGUACUCAUGAUUUUUACCAUUAUGCUUGUUCGGCCUAUACACCUCCAUCUGUCUAUCUAUCGUUGCGUUGCAUAAUUCGUUUGAUGACUGAAAAUUGUAAGGGAGGAUUUUAUAGAUAGAUACGAAGUUGUGGAUUAAUUUACCAAUCCACUUUUCUCACUUUUUGCAUAACAAAACUGCUUAUAAACACUUUUUCUAUUGGCAAUGAAACAACAUAUUCUCUUAGCUUCACAUUUGUAUACCAAUGCAUAUUGUUCUGUUUUAAUAAAAUACAAAGUUUUUAGUGACAUUUGAACUUGUUGUUGUCAUCUUCUAUCAUAUUUU